AUAGCUCUUAAACUUCCAUUGUAUAUUAAUACCGUAGUGUAAGAAUAGCCUUGGAUUCGAAGGACGUCAUCUUGACGGCACUUAUUUUAAGUGAAGUCGCACAGACGUCAUCGCUUCGUGUCACUUCGCAAUAUUUCCAUGAUGAGCCGACGGUGGCCUUUUCUUGCAGUGCUCUGCACAGCUGUGUAUGGUGUCGACUUUAAGCUUUACGGAGUCAACUACAACUCGCGUCAGGGACCUGACUGGGACCCGAAUCGGUGCAAGUCCCAAGCCCAAGUGGACACAGACAUGGUGGCCAUCGCGACCGUGGCUUCCCGCGUGCGCAUCUUCAGUCUGGUGGACUGCAACCAAGGUUUCAUGGUCACAACGGCGGCCAAGAAGGCGGGGCUCGGCAUCUGGCUCGGCAUGUGGGUGUCCAACAACCAGUCGUCCUUGAACAACGAGCUGGCGGCACUGGACGCGCUCGUCACGAACAACGUUGUGGACAACUCCAUCGAAGGCAUUCACGUUGGCAGCGAAAGUUUGUACCGCAAGGACAUCACCCCCGACCAGGCAAUCAACUACUUUGCAGCAGUGAAGACGUACCUUGGCUCCAAGCAGCUGACGUUUCCCGUGUCCAUCACAGACGUGCUGGACACGCUACUAGAGUACCCGCAGGUGAUUUCUGCUGUGGAUAUCGUGAUGGCCAACGCCUUUCCGUUUUGGGAGCAAGUCGACGUCGACGCGGCUGUCAAUUCGUUCAAGACCAAGUUUAAUACCCUGGUCGGCGCGGCGCACGGCAAGGAGGUCCUGAUCGGGGAGACCGGCUGGCCUUCCGCCGGCGUUAACACCAAGGCGUCUGUGGCGAGUCCAAUCAACCAAGCCACGUACGUGGCCAACUUCGCAGCGUUUGCCGCCGCGGCCGAGUUGAAGUAUUUCAUGUUCACGGCCUUCGACGACCUGUGGAAGAUUGCCCAAGAAGGGGUCAUCGACACAGUGGAAGCGCAUUUUGGACUGUUUGAUGCUACCAGAAACCUCAAGCCGGAAUUGGCGUACCUCACGACGGGUGGGUACACUCCGGUUGGCGGGGACGGGAACACCGCGGUGCGGUCUGGCUCAUCCCCGACGCUUUUCCCUAUUGCCGACGGCUCGGCGACCACCACGCAGGUUCCCCAAGCUCCAGCCCAGACUUCGCCUGCUGUACCGACUAAUGUUCGACAGUGGUGGAGGUUGGCGCUUGGAAUUGCGCUCGUACUGCUACUUUUGCCAGCAUAAUCCAAGGCGUAAACACGAAUUUUGAAUUUGCAUAUGGA